GGCACGCGUCGGUUCCACGGCGUCCAACCGAAAUUUGGGUGCUCGGGGGUGAUGCUGAGCCGUGCGCCCCUCUGGCAGACCGCUCUUGGGGCGCUCACCCUGCAGCAGAGCUGAUGCUUUGGCACCCAUGGGUGCUGCACGGUGGAAGGAGUUUCUUUGCACUGCAGCACUGUGGCAGAGCAGAUGCUUUGGCACCCAUAGGUGCUGCACGGUGGGAGUGAGGUUUCCUUGCACUGCAACACAGCUGAUGCUCUGGCACCCAUGGGUGCUGCAUGGUGGAAGGAGAUUCUUUGCACUGCAGCACUGCAGCAGAGCAGAUGCUUUGGCUCCCAUGGGUGCUGCACGGUGGGGAUGAGCCUCCUUGCACCACAACAGAGCCGACGCUUUGGCACCCACGGGUGCCGCCCGGCGCUGAUCCCCCUCACCUUCGUGCUCCCGCAGGUGAGGACGAUGGCGAGCCCCGAGGACGACCUGAUCGGCAUCCCCUUCCCCGAGCACAGCAGCGAGCUGCUGAGCAGCCUGAACGAGCAGCGGCACCUGGGGGUGCUGUGCGACGUCACCAUCAAGACGCAGGGCUUGGAGUACCGCACGCACCGCGCCGUGCUGGCCGCCUGCAGCCGCUACUUCAAGAAGCUGUUCGCGGGGCCGGGGCCGGGCCAGGAGGUUUGCGAGUUGGACUUUGUGGGGCCGGAAGCUUUGGGAGCCCUGCUGGAGUUCGCCUACACCGCCACGCUGACCAUCAGCAGCUCCAACAUGGGCGAGGUGCUGCAGGCGGCUCAGCUGCUGGAGAUCCCGUGCGUCAUCGCCGCCUGCGCCGACAUCCUGCAGUGCCACGGCUUGGAAGCUCCCGGCCCCGAUGACGACGACUGCGAGCGCGCCCGCCGUUACCUGGAGGCGUUCGCCACCCUCCCCGACGCGGAUCCCCCCGCCGCGCCCCCCGCCCGCCCCGCCGCCCGCCGCAGCAAGAAGACCCGCAAAUUCCUGCAGGCGCGCGGCGCACGCCUCAACAACCACAGCGAGGAGCCGCCCGCCGAGGCCGAAGGCACCCGCAGCCCCCUGCCCGCCCCGCAGCCCCCUUCUCCGCCCCCGAUGCCGGAGGGCUUGGCGCAGCCCUACGAGGCUUUCGAGGUGCCUGAGGAGGAGGAGCUGCCCCCGCACGCCUUCCCCUUUCCGUACCAGAUGUCCCCCGAGGAGGGCGGCUCGGACGACGACGCCAUCGAUCCCGAUCUGAUGGCUUAUCUGAGUUCGCUCCACCACGAGGCGCUGGCGCCCGGGCUGGACAGCCCCGAUAAAUUGGUGCGCAAACGGCGUUCCCAAAUGCCUCAGGAGUGUCCCGUGUGUCACAAAGUCAUCCACGGUGCCGGCAAACUGCCGCGCCACAUGCGCACGCACACGGGAGAGAAGCCCUUCGCCUGCCAGGUGUGCGGCGUGCGCUUCACACGGUGA